UAAAUCCAAUCACCAAAAGAACCCACUCGGCAUCCGGAGCCUGACAUCUGCGUACCGACGUGCAAGCUGACUAGUCCACCUUUUACCUCAACUUUAACGCUCAACCGCGCCAAAUAGGUAACCCGUCUCUUUUCUCAACCGUGACAGCCGCAACGGUGCAGUCUUGGCAACUAACUAUAAAUCCUUGAAUAUACCCUUCUGGCUACUUAUAGCGACUUUUGACCCGCGUCCGCCGCUUACGCCAUUCAUGAAGUAAGGCCAAAGAGUAAGUAGCCAACUGCUAGGAAAGCUUGAACAUCGGCAGACAAUGGCAGUCAACGGGCAGCAGACGACGUCCAACUCGGCAUGCUCAGACGAUGAGUUCUGGUUAUUUGGUUACGGGAGCUUGAUUUGGAAGCCUCCGCCACACGUUGACCGCAGAAUCCCCGGCUGGGUUACAGGAUAUGUUCGGCGAUUCUGGCAGGCAAGCCAAGACCACCGCGGCACCCCAGAAGCCCCUGGAAGAGUCGUAACCCUAAUCGAGCGCUCCUUCUGGUCCAGCCUCGUCGACUCCCACGCCUCGGCCCCCGACAAAGUCUGGGGUGUAGCCUACCGGAUCAAAGCAUCCAAAGUCGCCGAGGUGAAGGACUACCUCGACAUCCGGGAGAUCAACGGGUACACUAUCCACUACACGCCAUUCCAGCCGGCCGACGGAUCCGUCCCGAUCCAAACCCUCGUCUAUAUCGGCACGCCGGACAAUGAACAGUUCACGGGCCCGCAGGAGCCGCAGGCACUGGCGGAGCACAUCGCUCGGAGCGAGGGGCCGAGCGGGCUGAACCGGGACUAUCUCUUGGGAUUGGAGAAGGCGCUGAACGAACUGAGCCCCGAGAGCGGUGAUGCGCAUGUCACGGAUUUGUCGGAUCGCGUCAGGGCGAUCGAGGCAGCCGCCCGAGGUAGCAAGGGGACGGAGGAUGGAGGUCCCAAAGUCAGCAGGGUUGCUGAAUCGUCGCCCGGGUCGCAUGAUUUCCACAUGGCUACCAUAGUGGACACGCAGGAGGAGACGGAGAAAGUAUGAGAGUUGUUUACGUGGUAAAACUCAACAAGAUAGAGUAGGGGGAAGGAUGCGAGGGCGGU